AUCGUGACACGCAGUUGAUAUUUUUGAGGUUAUCCUAAUCCUAAAAUUAAUUAAACGUGAUUGUGUGUGAAAUUUAUUUAUUUAAACGAUUUUUGUGGAUUCACAAAUUUUUGAUUUUAAAUUAAAAAAAAAUGAAUGAUAUGACGUCGAACGAUAAGUUUGAUCGGCUUGAAGUUGGAUGUAAUUUUAUAAAAAUUACUGGAAUGGCAGAAGAUAUCGAAGGGCUGAGGAAGUUAUCACGAAGUAAAACGCUUUUUCGGUUCGUUAUGAAUAAUGGCACCGGAAGGAGAAUUCGGGUUCUUGCAUUCGACGAAGAUGCUAUAGAAGUUCAGGAUAAAAUAAAACCAAACGGGAUUUAUUCAUUAACAAGACUACGAUGUGCCGCUGUUAACCUUCAGUAUUUUAAAGAAGCAGACGGUGUCUUAAAUCAAGAACUUCAUAUUACUUCUAAAAGUAAAGUUACUAAACUUGGAAGCAGACAAACGAAUCCCGUAGAAGUAAAAUUAGUAAAGAUGUCGGAAAUCGCGGAAUUGUUUAGUGUUAUCCGCCUACAAGGUUUUAUUAGCGAUAAGAUCGAAAACGAUAGCAAAAACUCUAAGUUGAGUUGUGGUUCCGGUGCCAUUACUGAUAGUGUCAUUCAAGUUCAAGUAAAUGUGUUCAAUAUUUUGCCGAGCGAUGAAGUAUCUGAAGAAGGAACGCAUGUAGAAGUCUGUGGACGGCUAACUCGUGAUAAAAAUUAUGGAUUAACCUAUCUUCAAUGUAGUAAAAUGUCGGAUAUUACGAAGGUGGAUGAUGAGAAAAUGAGUACUAAUGCGCUUAAUACAAAUUUCGUCAGUCCCCAAUCCAAACGCUUACGUACUGAGACAGACGCGCCGAAAGAAAAAUCAACAACAAUUAAGACCGAUUAUUUGGAAAACAUUAAUCCUAAUCAUAUGGAAAGUUAAAAUUUGAAGUAUUGAGAUUUUUAACUUACAUAUGAGUGAAGGCAUUAAAACUGAAAGGGUAUAAGAGACAAAAAAAAUCAGAUUCCUAAUAUAAUUUGUUAAAACGUUAAGAUUUAUUGAACUGAACAUCAGGUUCGAAUUAAAAAAUUUUUUUUUCUCUCUUAUACUUUUUUUAUUUUGACUCGAUCAUAUAAGUAAAAAUUUAAAACCAAAAAGUAUAAAUGGCGCUGUGAAGUAUAGUAGUAUUUCAUAUUGUUAUGUCCAAAAUGGUAGCUUGUACUGUAAUAUUUUGGACAAAUUAUUAUUUUUAUUAUUUUCGGCCCUAGUCUUUCGACCACUAGACCGGGAUCACACUGAGUGUAAUUAUCUGGGAGGUGUGUUCAAAAAUAAAA